UUUAGGGUCCUGUAGCAUUGCGCACGCUGUCUCCGUAGAUUUCUUCCCUUUGGUUUAGCAGAGCGGCAGGGAAUGGGUUAAGGAGCGGGGGGUCUGAAUUCCUCCUCUCCUGAUCGCCAUGACGAACAAAUGAACUCUCGGGGAAUGAAAUUUAAAUUCCAUAAAGGAGAAAAAGUUCUCUGCUUCGAACCGGAUCCGUCCAAGGCCAAAGUGCUGUAUGAUGCAAAGGUGGUGGAUAUUGUAGUGGGAAAGGAUGAGAAGGGAAAGCGGAUCCCUAAAUAUCUGAUUCACUUCAACGGCUGGAACCGAAGCUGGGAUCGCUGGGCUGCGGAGGAUCAUGUGCUCCGAGAUUCCGAGGACAACCGCAAGUUACAGCGUAAACUGGCUCGGAAAGCUUUGGCUCGCAUGAGGAGAAAAGGAUGGAGGAAGAGACGUUGUCGAUUGCCAGGUGUUAACUCCGUGUUAAAAAGCUUACCUGAAGACGAAAAGGAGGAGAGCGAUGAUCCUUUGAUUUCAUCAUCUGAAGACGGUGACGAGGACAACUCAGACCCAGAGACUUUAAAAAGCGAGAGCGAGUCUUCUGAGGAUUUAGAUGAAAUGAAAGAAGAGCAGGAAGCGCACCCAAAAAGGGAGAGCGAGGAGAAGAGCAUCACAAUCAACAUCGACAUCCCUGAUGUGCUGAAGAAGAAGCUGGAGGAUGAUUGCUACUACAUCAACAAGAGAAAAAAGCUGGUGAAGUUGCCAUGCCAGAUGAACAUAGUAAACAUCCUCGAGUCUUACGUGAAACACUUCACUAUAAACGCCGCUUUUUCUGCCAACGAGCGCUUUCGGCACCCUCAGAGCUCCACACAGUCCAGCAUGAGCCCACACUAUGUACCACCUGAGAAGAACGAGGAGCUCUGUAAGGAAAUGGUGGACGGCUUGAGGAUCACCUUCGACUUCACCUUACCCAUGAUCCUCCUGUAUCCCAACGAGCAGGCCCAGUUCAAGAAGGUCAGCUCAUCCAAGUUCUUCCAGCCAAUCGGAGACGCUGCCGGAUGUUCGACUAGAUCCCUCGGUGAGCGCUCCCCAAGUCCCGGCCUGAACCCGUCCACUCCUCAGUCUACAGACGGUCACUCUGCUCACAACGAGACGUCCGCCUCGCCCGUUAUCACAGCAACAACACCGAAGCGCCGCCGCUGCACUAAUCCCGAUACGGACAACACGCACUCUCUCAGACGCUCCACACGCAACACAUCCGGGGGAGAGAAGACUGCCGAGGGGGGAGGAGGAGGAGGAGGAGGAGGCAGCAGCAGUAACACCUCACCUCAACCCAAGCGCAGGCUCGCUGAAGUCCCGACUCCACUGCCCAAGUUCUUCCUCAACCUGGAGAAGCGAACACCAGUCCACAGCGGCUCGUCCUCUCCGCUUCCCCUCACACCGAGUAAAGACGGCAGCGGCGUGUUCUCGGGGCUCGAGAGUCGACGGACCAACGAACUGAAUGAGGUGCUGAGUUGGCGUCUGAUGCCCGAUAACUACCCCCUGAGCGAUCAACCUCCCCCUCCGUCCUACCUGUAUGGCUCACAGCAUCUCCUCCGCCUGUUCGUGAAGCUUCCAGAAAUCCUUGGGAAGAUGCACAUGCCUGAGAAGAAUCUAAGGGCCUUGGUCAAGCACUUGGAGCUUUUUCUCAGGUUUUUGGCCGAGUUUCACGAAGACUUCUUUCCAGAAUCUGCGUACGUGUCUGCCACCGAAGCGCAUUACUGUAUGAAACAGCCGAGGCCCGUCUGCUGAGACUGAAUCAUCCUCGCCUCUUUGUCCUUCAUGACUUUCACGAUCCUUUCACUUCUUAUGACUCCAGUCUGUAAGCGUUCUUUGUCUAAUUUCCUCUCUUUGAGGGACUCUUUGUAUGUCUCCCUAUCUUUUUAUUCUUCUUCUUUCGGACACGGAGACUCCAGAAAGGCUGUCUUCAUCCGGCGUUUCAGCUUGCUUCUGUGGAAGUCGCUACCUGUUUUCCUUUUUGCCUCAGACAAAAACACUUUUUGACUUUACCUUCUCCAGACCUCUGCUCUGCAGUCACUGUUCCAGUUUUCCCUUUUUCUUUUUUGCAACUAAAGCAGCAAGAACGGCUUUAUUCUGACUUUUUAUGAACCGUGCAGAUGGUCGAUUUUGUUUUGUUUUGUUUUUUUUCCUUACAAUCUUGGAUUGUUAAUAAUGAACACAAGAAGUGGUGCUUGCUAGCUUUUUUUUUUCUUUUCUUUUUAAAAGCAUUGCUCUGUAUGAUGCUGUAGCAGUUCCUAGCAUAGGAACUUUGAUUUUCUAUUUUAUGUUAGUUUCCAUUUUCCAUUACAGAUGUAUGGCUUUUUUUUUUCCCCCUCCCCAACAAUGUAUUUGCUAAUAUCCAGUUUUUUGGGAUGUUAUCUGUAUAUACAUAGAUAACCAAAGCAUAAUAAUAUGUGUAGCAUCAUCACAUUAUUACAGACAUGUAGUCAGCUAUUUGAAUCAAAUUGGUCUGGAUUGUGUAAUACUAUUACAUUCACAAUGGCAGCAACACCCAGUUCACCCCAGUGACUAGAUUUCUAUUAAAAAACAAAUACUGUUUCAACACACACAAGAUUUUUAGCCUUGAUUACCUCAAAAUGGUAGGUCUAGUUCAAAUCUGAUCAUCUACAUCUAUGAACCCGAGAGAGAGAGAGAGAGCUCGGGCGCCUCAGUGGCUAGGUUGAGGGCAUUCUAUACGCCAUACUUUGAAGGAAUAUGAUCUUACCUUAUAUAUAUGACACGAUACGGUCUUGUGUGUUACGAUGUUCUCAAAGAGCAAAUCCACAUGCCAGUUAUGUUUCUAUUUGUUAACAGAAAUCCAUUACUUGAAGUCAGCAUGCCAUUUUUUUUUAUGUUGUAUAUUUCACAAAUUGUCCAAUGUACAUAUUUUUUUUUUAUUUGCUCUCUGUUGUGCAUUUCUUGCCUCCUUGUAUAAUAAACCAUUGCGGAAUAGA